AUGAUGGACUCCACCCAGCCUCAAAUCACCCUUUACCGUGGUUUUCCCCGGUCAGGCAACUACACUUGGUCGCCUUUUGUCAACAAGCUUGAGGCGCGUUUACGUUUCGCAGGCCUCGCAUAUCGUACCGAAGCAGGAUCCCCACGCACUGCCCCUCGGGGGAAGAUCCCAUAUGCCACGAUUUCUCCAGACAACGCCUCGCCCCGAACCAUCGCCGAUUCUACCCUGAUCAUUGAUCAACUAGUGAAGGAUGGCCUCCUGGAUGAUAUCAAUGCACACCUGAGUCCUUCCCAGAGGAUGCAAGACCUUGCCAUGCGCGCUCUUUUCGAGGAUCGGCUUUACUUUUUGCAGAGCUUUGAGAAAUGGCAGGAGAACUACUACACAAUGCGCGAUCAUAUCUUCGCUGCAUCCUCUUACCCUCUGCGAGUGGUUGUCGGCUGGCUGGCGUAUCGAAAGCAAAUGCACAUUCUCUACGGUCAAGGCACACUCCGAUUCUCACCGGAAGAGAUCAGUAGCAUGCGCUGGGAGAUUUGGAAGAAGCUCAGCUCUCUUUUGAUGUCUUCAAAAUCACAGAUGUUAGAUUGCACUACAAGCGACCACCCUUUCUGGGUACUUGGUGGUAGCACACCAUGUGAAGCAGAUGCUACCGUGUAUGGUUUUAUCGUGUCCACGUUGGUCUGCAGCGCAUGCCCAGAGACGCAAAAAGUGGUCAAAAGUUUCCCCAUUCUGAUCCAAUAUGCGCAAAAGAUUCAUGAUUGCUUUUUUCCGGACUAUGUGGGGUGGGAAUGA